AUCACGAUACCGGUAAUAAAAUGGAUACCAAAUUGGAUGCACGUGGUCAGUGUCAAGGUCAAAGCCAAAGUCAGAGCCAGUUUCCGGCAUCAUUUCCAGAAUCAUUUAAAAACUUCUUUGAAAUGAUGAAUGAAGAUGAGGAUCACGUUGAACUCUUUGCCAAUCUCUUGGAGGAUAAGGUAAUACCAAGAAAUAAUAAUCCAAUGUAUGCACAACGACAACGUUGUGGCGGCAGCCUGCGAAGUCAAUCUCAAUCCAAUACGCAGCAGCAACAGCAGCAACAUCGUCAACAGCAACAGCAGCAACAGCAACAGCAGCAACAUCGCAAUCGCAGCGGCAGCAGCUCCGAUAUGACCUUGACCAUGGCCUUGGCCAUGGCUGAAACGGAUGCGAAUCCAAAUCGCAAUCGUUCCAACUCAUUUCGCAUGAAUCGCAAUGCGCAACGCAAAACAUUCAGUUCGAGCAGCAGCAACAUUAAUCGUGUCGGAUUUUGUGGCAUCAUUUCGAAUGGCAGCACCAGCAGCAGCGGUGAUCUACAAAAUUUACAAAAUAUUGAAAUGUUGCACUCAGUUCCAGUGCAAUCUCAGUCCCACACCCAAUCUCACACCCAAUCCCACACUCACUCCCACUCACAACCGCAGCAAUCAAGCUCAGCUCAACAUGGCAUCUGUCAUGAUCAAGGAUCUUUGGGUACAGCUUCAGGACAUGCGGAUCGUGGCUCCUGUGCUGCUGCUCUGGGCUCCGGUGGAAAUUUACUUUGCAAGCACAUCAAAUAUUGUUGUCUGCAUCAACCAACAACAUCCACAUCGACAGCUCAGACUGAUGACCGACAACGUGUCGCUUCCACCUGCGACCUUAAUUCCCUUCAUCAGGGAAUCGUUAAUCAUGGUCAACAGCAUAAGCAGCAAUUGCACCAGCAACAACACCAGCAACAACAACAGCAACAACAGCAACACCAGCAACUACAACAUCAGCAACAACAUCAUUUGCAACAGCAACAAGAAUUGGAAUUGCAAUUGCAUCAAAUGCGUCUUGGACCCGAUGGCGAGGAAGUCAAUGGAGCUCGUAUUCCGGCCAAUUUCAUGGGUCGUGUAAUGCCAGAUGGUUCCAGGGAUCGACAACAACUACAACAACGUCACUCGGUCAUCCUAGAGAGAGCCUUUGAUUUUGACACGAGCUGCGAUGAGAGCGAUGUGCUGAGCAGCAGUACACCCGGACCCGUGCCAUCGCCGGCACCGCAUCAGCUGGCCUACAACGUGUUGAAGCCGAUACUGAAGCAGCCGCAGCAGCAGCAGCAACAGCAACAGCAACAUGGAAUUCCCUCAACAUCGGGACAUGUGCAUCGUUUGUUGCCGACGCCACCGACACACGGUGGUUUAGGGGCAUACCACAGUCGCGAGAUGACAUUGCAGCGUGUGCAACAGCAGAGUGGCAUGGGCAACAGUCGACCCUGUAGCAAUAUCUAUGCAACAGGACCCAGCACAAGUGCUGCUGCCGCCGCCAGCUACAACUACAACAUGCAACAGAAUUUGCGAACCCAAAAGUCACCGAUAGUGAAUCGACGUCGUUCCUCGUCGAUAGCUGCGAAUUUGUUGCACGGCGAUCGGGAGUACGGUCGUCAGUCGAAUGACGAGGAGAUGUUUCGCGUGUCGCACAACAGCACCAGGGAUCGCAUGUCGCUAGCGAAAUCACCGAUGAAUCACCGCGGAAUGGAGAGCAGUGUGCUCACCUUUCAACAGGCCAUGUCCGGCGCAGUGUCGCCACAAUAUGCCGGCGGAGGAGCAGUGGGCACAGGAACAGGAACAGGAGCAUCCACAUCUGUAGCUGAAGAGCUAGACAGGCGACUUUUGGACUCCAGUUUAGCCUUGGCCGCCGUCGUCGAGGAUACAACAACGAGUGGACCCGAUGCCAACGAUUCACCCACAGCCGAUUCCAUGGACGAUGGUGUUGAUGAUGAUCUACCGGGCACAUCCACAUCCAAUAAUCUUCAGCAAUGUCCAGCACUACAUAGCAGUCUGCUGCGGGAACGUGGCGUUGGCGAAUCCUCCUCGGCUCAGUCCACCGGAGGCGUCUGUGCCCCCCUUCCACCGCCGCCACCUUCCGGUCCCAGCUCGGCCUCCAUUGCCGCAGCCCGACAGCGUCUACGAACCUCUAGCAUGCCCGCCGAGAGUCGCAAGCCUCGACUGGCGGACACGCGUCGCUCGGCGAUUCAUUGUGGCGACGAUGUGGACAUGGAUUAUUAUCGACUGCGCAGUUUCAGCAUCACGUCGCAUGGCGUUUGCAAUUUGGGCGAUUCAUUACGCAGUCGCAGGUCACGUUCGAUCAAUUCUGUGACAUCGGCGGGCACCUCGCACAGUGGUGUGGAUCGUCACAAUAGCAAUGCGUCACGCACUUCCGCGGAUGUGGUGGAGGGCGCAACGGACCCUUCUCUCGCCCUGCAGCCCCAGAGAGUGAACGGCCAUCAGCACAAUGAGAAUGGGGAGAACAUUCCGGCCUAUAAAAUCGCAAUGCUCGGCGCUUCCGGUGUGGGAAAAACAACGCUAACCUAUCAGUUCACAACAUCGGACUAUAUCUGCGCCUAUGAUUUGAGUUUGGAUGAUGACUAUGGACAGAAGACGGUCUCCGUGCUGGUCGAUAAUAUUGAAACGGAUUUGGAAAUUAUUGAUCAUCCGGCUUGCGAAAUGUCCACGGAGGCUUUUUGUGCCACAUACAACAUCGAUUUAUUUGUGGUUGUCUACUCGGUGGUGGAUCGUGGAACCUACAAGUUUGCGGAGAAGGUGUUGCAGUACCUCAAGGAGAAUGAUAUGUUAUUGACACGUGGUGCAAUUCUCGUGGGCAACAAGACGGAUCUGGAGCGACAUCGCGAGGUCUCCCGACACUUGGGUCGCAAGUUGGCCAAGGAGAUUGCCUGCAAGUUCAUAGAGACAUCCUCGGGACUGGAUCACAAUGUGGACGAAUUGCUGGUGGGAAUUGUGGCACAGGUGAAGCUGAAUCCGCAGCGGAUUCGACUGCUGAGUGAUCGGGAUCGACGGCGUCUCAAUCUUCAGAGCAGCAUACAAAACCAUCGCAGGAUGCAUCUUCCGGCCCGUCGCAUUGUCCGGCAGAUGAGCAUUUUCCAGGACGAUGCUCAUGACUUCGCCGAUGGCCAUGAUGAUGAUCAUGUUGAUGAUGACGACGCUGAUAAUGUGCCAGCAACAUCGGCUGCAGCAGCAGCUGGACGAAGUCAGCAGGUACGCAAAGCGAAUCGACGGACUCUGAACCUGGAGAGCAUCCUGAAGAUGGGCGAGAGUGAGCUGGAGGACGAGGAGAGCAGCGAGACGCAGCGAUUGCACGGCUAUGCGAAUGGCAAGAGUAAGUUCGAGCUGCUGUCCGCCGGAAUGCGGCAACGGGAUCCCUUUGGUCCCGGUCCCGGUACCAGUACCGGUUCCCGACACGACGAUCACGAUGAUGACGGUCCUUCAACUUCGGCGGCUGCUGCAGCCGCUUUGCAACAACGACAACAUAAUGAACAGCAACAUCAUCAUCAUCAUCAUACUCAUAAGCGUAAUGCGAAUGACAGCGAUGAUGACAGCGAUGAUGAUGAUCAUGAUCAUGAUGAUGAUGAUGAUAAUGAUGAUGAUGGGGACUCCAGUUCCAGCAAGGCCAUCGAUUGCAAUCGCAAGGUCGUCACCAAAUUGACAGCACGCACCAAAAUUUUCCUGUCUUCGGUGCUGCGCUUCAAGAAGAAUCUGAAGAGACGCAAUUCUUCCAGCUGCAGCGACUUGUUUGUCAUCUAAGCGAUCUCUCUGUGUCUUUGUGUGUGUAAAGUUGUAUGUGUGUUAACUGGAUA